AUGGUUUUUAAUAAAUCGGACCACCUUUCAGUUUGUGGGAUACAUGAGGCACACAAGAAGAGUAAGGAGUAUGAAUACUUACCAUCUCCUCCGAUGAUAAAAACUCCCCAUUUAAUAUUGUGUUGUUGUUUAAAUAUAGGAAUCGACCCCCCACUUAAUGGAUUAGUUAAACCAAAUAUAUCAUCUUCUAUAUAUGGAUGGAUUAAUGUUAAAGACCAUAAGAAGCGUGAAAUUGGAUAUGAAAUAUCAAUUCAAUUGGCAAACCAAUACCAACGGUAUUGUACACCUACUGUCUCAACAGAACCAUUAUGGGAUCCAACUCCAGAAAUAGUCAAAAAAUCAUGUCUAGCUGCGCGAGAACGAUUUGGGAGAGAUAGAGUGUUGUUUCACUAUAACGGACAUGGGGUGCCAUUACCUACACUGAACCACGAGUGCUGGUUUUUUGAUGAAAAUAUCACUACAUAUGUUCCGAUGAAUAUUUCACAUAUCUACGAUUGUUUGGGAGACAGAGCUGUAUAUGUCCUCGACUGUCCUUACUCACAAAGACUCUUCAAAUGGUUCACAAAAAGAAAUGAAAAACUGAAGAAAAUGCAGAAGAAAGAAGCGGAGUAUAUCGUCUUCUCGGGAUAUGGCAAUCUUCAAAAACCACAAACGAAUCCAAACUACCCAAUCGAUAUCUUCACAGCGUGUUUGACUACUCCACUCUCAAUGUGUUUUUUGGACUAUUACUACUCCAACGAUAAUAUCAUCUCUUUGCCUUCAAAUUUCCUCAAAAUCCUCCCCGUCGACCACAAAACAAAAAUUCAACCAUUUUCAGAGUUGUAUGCUAUUUUAACGAGUAUCACAGAGGCUAUUGCCUGGGACGUUUUAACUCCAGAAAUGUUCUUGAAGUUGUUUCGACAAGACAUCGCAGUCGCGUCACUAUUUCGACACUUCAUUUUAGCAACGCGAAUUAUGAAGAAGUUCAAUUACACCCCACAAAGCUACCCGGCUCUACCAGACACUUCAAAUCACCCCUUGUGGAGUUUGUGGGACUCGGUACUCGAACUUGCUAUACCAAAGUUUGUGAUGGUACAGAAAACAGUGAACUACGUGCCUUCCCCGUUCUUCAGUAAUUUGAUUGUUUCAAUGAAGUCAUGGCUUUUAACAUAUCCCGAUAAACCAUCAAACCCAUGUCCACUUCCUAUGUUAUUCAGAUUGUUUCUACGAAAAGACUAUACCGUCGAGGUGUUUUCCAUGUUGUGUGAAUACGUCGAUUUGGGGUACUUUGCAUGCGAGAGAGUUGUGAAUAUCGGAUUUAUACCUCUCUUAGUGCAAAGUCUUGAUAAAGAAGGUCUUCAGCAGUUUGGGGUGUUUUGCCUUGCGAAGCUGUUUUCAUACGACUCGUCUAAAAUAGGCCAAUACCUCCAUGGGUCGUUAGAGGCUCUGAUGAAAAUAGCAACAAAAGCUAAAGAAGCAAAUGAAUUGGUUUGCUCGUUGUUUUUACUUGCACAAGUCUUCUUGGACAAAAACAUUGUAAACCAGUUGAAUACCAAAAGUGUCGUCUACGACGCACUGUUUGCUAUCUCACGAAAUGACAAUUCGAUGGUGAAAAUAUGGGCGAUUGUGUGCUUUGCACGACUUGUCGAUCACGAGGGGGUGAAAAGUGAUGUCUACAAUUUGCCACAAUUCCAGCCAAUGUUGCAAGAAUUGUCACAAGACGACUCUCCGUUGGUCAGAAGUGCUGUUGUGUAUUUACUGAUGUACUCAAUACCAACACCACUCGCUGAUAAGUCCAAAAAAAUGUUAGAUGAACUCCACCCGAAAGUAUGUGAGUUGGCGAAAGACGCGUGUCCGACAGUUAGAAGUCUGUUAGUUGUCCUCAUUUAUCACGUAUUUGUUAUGGGACACCAAACAUCGAAAUAUCAGGAAGUGUUAUUCUAUUUAAGCAAUGAUACCGACCCAGACGUUAUCAGAGCGGCCGAAGGAUUACUCUCGUUAUGUGAAAAAAGUCGCAUACAGAAACCAUUUGGUCGGAAGACGAUGACAUCUCCUUUAGAGCAAUUUGCAAAGGCAAGUUUGCGCAUUUUUGAUGACUUAUUAGAACGGUUCUAUUGCUCGGUAAGAGACGUUUUUCGACGACCGUUGUUGUUUAAAAUAGUAAACGAAGAGAAGGACUCCCGGCAAGAAUAUUUCUUGAGUCAGACAAGAGCAGUCCAAUCGGUUUCACGAAUUAGUUAUAUGGAAAUUCCAAAUAAAAUUCUAAAGGAAGAAACACGAAUCACUUUUGGAACAUCACUUCAUGUCCCAAAGUGUGUGUUAUAUCACCCGACACUGCCGUGUGUACUUGCUGAUAUAUCGAAAGACACUAUUGGUGUCUUUGAAUAUAAGGUAUCGCAGACUGAAACCAGUGACUUUUCAAAUUAUAAUCCAAUUAACACAUCGGUAAAGUACUUGGACUGGCUUGAUAAGAGUGACGCAUAUUUGGUUAGUGGGUGUGGCGAUGGGUCUGUUCGUUUGUGGAAUAAUUGGGACUACAAGCCAAAGUUGAUCACUUCAUGGAGAGGCAUCCCCAAACCCGUUGUUUCACAGGCGGUAUUUUCUACGAUGACGAAUCACCGAGUCAUCUCUGGGGAUGGAGAGUCUGUUUUUGUGUGGGACGUUGAGAGUGAAAAAUGCUUAGAAAAUUAUGAGAUACCCAGUGGAGUGUCUUGUUUGAGUCAGUUUAGUGACAAGUCCUUUUUCUGUGGAGGUGUAAGUGGUGGUGUUUCGAUAGUAGAUAUGCGGUGUAAAACAGUGAACGAGUGGAAAGAUCAAAAGGAGCGAAUUAUUGAUAUUGGCUAUUCAACGCGAGCCUACACC